AUGACGGUAAAGGCUGUGAUAAUGGAUCCAGAAAUUGUAUUUGUUGCUAAUUUGACCAAUGCCAAUGCCCCCGCCUUGAAAGUUUCCUUCCAGUGUGACUUUUCGCUGGUAUCUGGAAAGGCUGCACAAAGGAUGACUGCUCAAGUGAAGGGCUUCAAAGUCUUGGCCUGUGCCUUUCUCAAAGAAAAACAAGACAAGAAUGUUACUACGGUGUUGCGACCCUGUUCCUUGGUCAUGGAAAAUAUGAUGCAUGUCUCAGGGUUACAAACUGUGGUAGUAACAAUAGAAGAACUUACUAUAAAGAUCUCACCGAUAAUUCUGAAUACUGUGAUGACCAUUAUGGCUGCCAUAAAACCCAAAACGACGGAGGAGGAUUCUAGAGGAGCGGUGGAAGUUCCUGAGAAUUUGUGGCAAGUGAAGCCUAUAGAUGAGUGCAACACUUGGUUUCUGGGUGCCCAUGUAGCCACAGAAGCAACAGAAACUUUUAAGGACCGUGAAACUGUUCUGAAACAAGAGAAGUUUGACAUUGAAGUGAAAUCGGUUCAGAUCACCUUGGAAUGUGGUCUGGGACACCGUACUGUCCCUUUGUUGUUAGUUGAAUCUGUGUUUUCAGGUGUGCUUAAAAACUGGUCCUCACUGAUGGAGGUCGCUGCUGAUAUGUCAUUGGAGGUUCAUUAUCACAAUGAAACCUAUGCAGUGUGGGAACCGCUUAUUGAGCGAAUUGAAGGAGGAAAGAAGCAGUGGAGUUUAAAGCUAGAAAUGAAGACUAACCCUGUCCAAGAGAGAAGUUUGAUGCCUGGGGAUGAUUUCAUUGUUCUUCCUGAGCCACAACAUGCAGUUAACAUCUCUUCGAAGGAUACGAUGAAUAUAACAAUAUCCAAAGCUUGUCUUGCUGUUUUCAGUAAUUUAGCCAAGGUAGUCCUAGCAGACAGAAG